AUGAAAGUUGAUAAUACUUCCUCCGUUGAUCUACUUCAACCUUGUCCUAUUUAUCCAAAUCCAAUGCUGGCAUUCUGUUCAAGUAUUUCAUCAAAUGCACGAAAUAUAUUUUCUCCAGAUAUUUGUAAAGAAUUAGAAUGCUCAUUCAAUUGUAAUGAAAUGGGGCAUCAUACCUUGUCAUCAUCAUCAUCGACAACCACAUCAACAACAAGCUGUACAGUUUCAACUCCUCUGUCAUCGUCAUCAUCAUCUUCGUUGAUGUCAUUUACACCAACAAUGCAUAAUGGAGAUACAUUAUCGUUAUCAUCAGCAUCAGCAGGAGUAUCAUCGUUCCCAGUGGAGAUAUCAGUUGUUGAUAAAAUUAUUCAUCUACUAGGAAGUGUUUGUCAGUCGGAACAGUUAGCAAUUGAUAAGAAACUGAAAAUUCUUACAGAUAUCGCUGAACAUGUCAUUAAAUUGUAUGAAAUGUUAACGAAUACAUUAGGAGAGAAUUUCACAACAUGGCAAGAUCAUGAAACUCCAUUGAAUCUUACUCAACCAAAAUUGUUGCCUGCAGAGAAGGAUGUCAAUGAUGCCAGUAACUCUACCUCCAGUGUACAACAAUUGUAUGAUACAAUAUCAAAUUCUUUGAGUCCUCAAAAUCUCACCUAUCAACAAUCUGCCAAAUCGAUAACAAACACCUCGUUAUUCCCUCCUCCUCCUCCUGUGAAUAUUCCAUCAGUUAACCCAUUAAUUCAAAUGACUCAGUCUAUGCCAUGGUUACAACAGAAAUCAGAUCAGUUAACAAAUGGAUUGAUUUGUCCUACAAAUGAUACUACAGAGAUGAUGAUGAUGACGAUACCUUCCGACAGGAAUUUAACUCCCUUCUUCAAUUGGUUAUCUACAUUCCCAGAUGUUAAUCUCUUACCAAAUUGGUUACUUGAACAGAUGACCAUGUCAAAUAAUGAAAAGAUGAGUACAAAUCCGAUGACACAUUCUCCUAACAACAAUAAUAAUAGUAAUAAUACUAAUAAUGCAUUUACUGAAACCAUGUUAAACUAUAUGAAAUGCUACUAUGCAAAAUUAUCAAGUAAUCAAAUACCCAGUCAACAGUACCAAAUGGAAAUUGGUCCAGACAGAAAGACUUCACAUGCGUCGAACAAACAACAUUCUGUCGAUAAUCAACAACUGUCCACAAAAAAUUCCAUUGGAGGAAAUAUUCACAAUGGAUAUGAUCUUAUAGGGGAUAAUUCAGUACCACAGAAACCUCACCUUCCAAAUGCAUUUAUACAGUUAUAUGAUGUAAUCAACCAAAUAAAGCCUAAAUUGGAUAAAGACUGUCUGACGUCAGUAACGUCGACUUCUACUCCGGUAACAACACUCGGUAGUAAUAUAGAGAAUUUCAAGUCUAAUAACUUUUUAAUCCAAACACCGUUAGUUAAUAACAUUAACAAUGAAAACAGCUAUAAUGGAGUAUCACUGUUAACUUCCUCACCUAACCCAUCAUCAUCAACAUCAUCAGCAUCGGGGAUGUAUCCACCAAAGUCGCAAGAACUUUCAAGCAUUUGUCAGCCUUAUAAUAACCCUAUUAAUUUCCUAUCAUUUAAUCAAAGAAUAACUUCAGUAACUGAAAUGAAUAAAAAUCAUUUCAACUUAAGUUUACAACAAAUUUCAAAAUUCAAUGGUACAAAUAAUUUCCACUCCAAAGGAACUAAUAUCAGUAGCGAUAACUGUAAAAGUGAAAAUAAUAAUCUAGAUCCUGCGACUAUGAUGAAUGGAAAUAUAUCGACUACACAAUCAUCAAUUAAUAAUAAUCCCCUAUGUAGAAAUGAUCAAUGCCAUUCAAUGUUCAAUGGGAACAAUUCAAAUUUGUCGGGUUUUUCUUUACCGGACAAUAUAAAUUGUAAUCUACCAUUGUUUUGUAAUACUAAUACAAUAACAAAUGCUAAUCAUAAUAAUAAUAAUGGUUUCAAUGAUAACGAUACAAAUAGCCAAUCUUCAGAUGUGAAUCAUUCUAAAAUUGGCGCGUUCAAUUUAAAUCAUAGCGCUACAGAACUAGUUAAACAACACUUCACAUCACUAUCGAAAUUGACAUCAGGUUCGCUAAAUUUAAACAUGAAUAUUGAUGAUGGUAAUACUAAUAAUAAUAACAGGACGGCUGCUGUGACCACUACUCCUCCGGGUAGUACUUCUGACACUAUAGAUACUACUAAUAAUACUAACGUUAGUAAUAGUAGUAGUAGUAUAAUCAAUUCAAAUGAAAUUGACAACCAAAUGAAAGAUUCUGUCAACUCAUUGAAAUCGUUAACGCCUAUUUCUAAUCAAAAUAAUUUAAUGUCAACAGAAUUAACUGGACAGUAUCAAUUGAAUCGUCAUCACCAUCAGCAGACGUAUUAUUAUCCACUAAGUCAACAUAAACAGCAACAGCAAACAUGCCGUUUAAUGAAAAGGAAGGAUUACAAUAAUAAUAAUAUAGAACAAAAAUAUAAAAAUAUUAAAUUGACAUAUUCAAAUAAUCAUGAAAAUAAUAAUAGUGAGGUAGAUGAGGCGGAUGAUGAAGAACUUGAAGAAGGAGACUUUGAUAUAGCCCAACAGUCGAAGUUCAUACACCAAGAACAUCAGCAGGUUCACGUAAAAUCACAUCGAUCAACUAAAUCCAAUCCUGAUCUAUUAAAUGAUAAAUCUGCUUCACAUAUAAAACGACCAAUGAAUGCUUUUAUGAUAUGGGCAAGAGAUGAAAGACGAAAAAUUCUCAAGGCAUGUCCUGAUAUGCACAAUAGUAGUAUAUCAAAAUUUCUUGGUGCUAAAUGGAAAUCAAUGACUUCUGAAGCUAAACAACCCUAUUAUGAAGAACAGGCUCGAUUGAGUCGUCAACAUAUGGAAGAACAUCCAGCCUAUCGGUAUAGACCACGUCCAAAACGUACAUGUAUUGUAGACGGUAGAAAAUUACGCAUAUCUGAAUAUAAAGAAUUAAUGCGUUCCCGUGGUGAUUCAUCCCGGAGACAAUGGAUUGGUUCAACAGAUGAACAGGCACAAAAAAUUGUUGAAGAUAUUUUAGAUAACACAUAUUCAUCCAUACCACAUUUGAGUCCAUCAUUAAGCCCAUUAACUGGAUAUGAUGGGGACUCAGUAUCUUCGAACAAAGAUGAAAAUACAACUUAUAACAUCAAUAAUAAUAAUAAUAAUAAUGAUAAUACGUCAAACAUUUAUGCAGAAAAAACUUUAGAUAAUAAAAUAUUGCGUGAUGAUAAUCACGACGAGCAUCAACCAGACGAAGAGAUGGAGGAAGUCGACACAGAUGAAAGUCUAGCUGUAAAAAUUACUCAAAACAUUGAGAAAUCAGAUAUCAGUAAGUUUCCAACAACUUCAGAUGAAACACAUCUACAACCAGAAGAUGAAGGCGAGACGAGGGAGAAAGAGGAAGAUGUAAUGUCAUCGAAAGAGGAAUCCAAUCAGGACAAACAUUUGUGCCUUGAAAUAUAG